AUGGUGCUUUUGUUUUGCGGUGCUAUGCUUGCUCUAUACUUCAUCCUUUGCAAUGCGAGAACUCUUACAAGAUUACCACCAGGUCCAAUCUCUCUGCCAAUAGUUGGAUCCAUUUUCUUUCUAAGAUAUCCACUCCAUCGCUUUUUCGCAAGCCUUGGCAAGAUCUAUGGCCCGAUCAUCCACCUGAGAGGUGGAGUGGUGGACUACAUUGUCAUCAACUCCAUCGCCAUAGCCAGGGAGGCCUUGAUCACUCGCGAUUUGGAGUUUGCUUAUCGCCCAGCUACUAAGUUUGGAGAGUACUUCAGCUAUGGGCUCAAAGACAUUGCUCUUGCUCCAUAUGGUGAGUCCUGGAAGAACCUCAAGCAAAUCACGAGCAGGCACUUGAUGAGCAACACGAGGCUGGAUGGUGUUGCGGGGAUCUACGAACUAGAGAUGGCGAAAUCGAUCAAAGCCGUUCAUAGCUCUGGCGAUCAUGCUCCCGUCAACCUGACCGAUGCAGUCGGCAAGUUUAUCUCGGAUGCAUUUUGUAUGAUUCUCUUUGGCAGCAAAGAGGAGAGAGUUUUGGAUCUGGUAGCCCAAAUCGAAAAGCAAACACUCAACGUGAACAUUGGAAACUUGUUCCCAGCGCUGGAUUUCCUGGAUCUCCACGGAGUAAACAAGACAAUGAAGGAAACUCUCAUGCCAGAGCUGGAACAAUUGCUAACACAGGUGAUCGGCGCUCACAAGCAAAACAAGGCGAGGAUUGAGUCUCAAGGGCAAGAAUUCGAUAUACUUGUCGCUGGAGUUGACACGAUCAAGUGGACAGCGGUCUGGGCCAUGGCCGAAGUUCUAAGAAAUUCCAGAGUGAUGGAAAAAGCACAAGAAGAAGUAAAGAACACGAUAGGGAAGUCACAACUUGUCAAGCACUCGGACCUCGUCAACUUACCUUACAUCGAAGCAAUCUUCAAAGAAGUGUUGCGAGUCCAUCCAGUGGGAGCUCUUGGCGUUCCUCACCACAAUCCAUCCAAGGCAACACUCGCAGGCUACGACAUCCCCAAGCACUGCACCGUUCUCAUCAACAUUUGGGCGAUCGGGCACGACCCACGGCACUGGGACGAGCCCGAGGUGUUUCGCCCGGAGCGUUUCCUGGGCGAUCAAGCGAAAUCCAACCAAGAACUCAUGAUGCCAUUCUCUGCCGGGAGGAGAACUUGUCCGGGCAUGCCAAUAGCUUCCCGCAUGGUUCCUUUUGUGGUUGCAAGCUUGCUCCAUGCGUUUGAUUGGAAGAGUGAAGGCGAGAUCGAUUUGUCCGAGAGGUCGUCGGGAACUCUCUCGUGUAUGCCGGCGUCCGAAUUGGUGGCAUUCGCAUCGGCAAGGCUCGAAACGUCUGUCUAUGCCUGUUGA